AUGCCAUCCCAACGCGAUGUCGGACGCGUCGUCAUGGACGUCGCAUUCUUCGCAGCCUCCCAAGUCGCACUAUACUAUGCGCUGCGCUACGUGCUCUCCUCUCUCUCUGAAACCCAGCCGAGCAAGAAGAAGGAGAAGGGCGAGAGUCUCCUCUCCCAAUCGGGAUUGACCAAGGAACAGCUUGCCGCCUUGGAUCUGGACGAGUACGAAAGCACGAUUGCGGGCGAGAUCAUCCCCCCCGCCUCAAUCGAUACAACAUUCGAGUCAAUCGGGGGGUUGGACGACAUCAUCUCGUCCCUCCGCGAGACCGUCAUCUACCCGCUAACCUACCCCGAGCUCUUCGCGGCCGGCGGAUCCCUCCUUGCCGCUCCUAGGGGUGUGUUACUCUAUGGCCACCCCGGAUGCGGAAAGACAAUGCUCGCCAAAGCCCUGGCAAAAGAAUCUGGGGCAACGUUCAUCAACCUGCCCCUCUCGUCUUUGACGAGCAAGUGGUUCGGCGAAUCGAACAAGCUCGUCGCGGGUCUCUUUUCUCUGGCUCGGAAACUGCAGCCAAGCAUCAUCUUUAUUGAUGAGAUCGACUCGCUGUUUAGGGAGAGGAGCCAGGCGGACCACGAGGUCACGGGUAUGCUCAAGGCCGAGUUUAUGACCCUUUGGGACGGGCUUACGAGCGGUACCGACCGGAUUCUGGUGCUCGGCGCGACGAACCGCCCCAACGAUAUUGAUCCGGCUAUCCUCCGUCGCAUGCCGAAGCGGUUCGCGAUUCGGCUGCCCAACCUCGAGCAGCGCGUCAAGAUCCUCAACUUGAUGCUCUCACACACAAAGCUGGCACCGGGAUUCAGCAUCGACGAGCUGGCGCGGCGCGCGGACGGCCUGAGCGGUUCCGAUCUCAAGGAGACGUGUCGGAACGCCGCCAUGGUGCCGGUGCGCGAGUUUAUGCGCGAGCAGGGCGGGAGUGGUCUCGAGGCAGCCAAGCGCGACGGGUUCAAGAUCCGUCCGCUUGAGCUGAGCGACUUUGCCGUCCAUGACAGCCAUGCGUACGCGCACGUCGACCCGACCAAGAAGGCGCCUGUGCCGGCGUUUGUCGAGUCGCUCGACUAG